CUCUCUCACUCUCUGCCCCACUCAUGAUCUGUCUCACCACACAGAGACGGUUCUGAUCCAAAGUCAGGAGCAUCUCUCUGCCUUUGUUGUACCAUGGGAUGAGACUGCCGUUAUUUUUCAGCAAUUUUUCCCCUCGUCACAUUUGGAAUAUGAGUGGAAAGCUCUCUGCACACUUUUCCUCUCAUGUCCGCGUGGGAUCACCGUGGGAAUAGAGUGUGUGUGUCUGCGGGCUCGUGUUUGUGUCUGCUUCUGAUGGUGUCGAGUGGAGCAGCGCGAGCGGAUCACCAUGAGAGGGGGUCACCACCAGCGAGGCUGCGGGUGUCAGCAUCUGUUCAGAAAACUUCUCAGCCAAUGCGGCUGCUGCUUUGUCAGAAGUAGAGCGGAGUCGUACUCUGUGGCGUGCAGUGAAGGCAGCAUUGCUCCGUCUGCGGGAUCUCUGCCCCACCAGGCCUCAGGAAGCACCAGCCCCUGCUCUCACUCCCCGUCUGGAGCAUCCCGGCACCCGGUCAGCGCCCUGAAAAAGUGGCUCACCAACCCGGUGCGGAAGCUGAGCUCUGACCCCAGAGGUGGAACGGGGAAAGCCGAGAAGCAGAGUUUCAAGGCAGAGGGAAAGCAAAAGCCUUUUUUGCACAGUGAGACUCGGCAAAGUUCACUGGAAGUGCACAAUAACUACACCAUACUGUCCUCUGAAAACACGGACUGGAAAAGUCCCACAGCGACGUCUCCGUCCCUGAUGUCCCGUCAGAGCUACUUAUGUGACCUUCUGGAUGACUCACACAGCCCAAGUCAAAUAUCCGAGGUCAACACUCUGCAAGCGGAGGAGAGCUGUGUGGCUGAAGACUCGCCAUGUCCUUCAUGUGCUGCAGUCGACAGCGAGGAGGAGAAAAAACUCGCCUUGGAGAAGAGCCUAUACGUCCUGACAGAGCUGAUCGAGACGGAGAGGUUAUACGUUGAAGAUCUUGGGCUCAUGGUUCAGGGCUACAUGACCAUGAUGGCCAACCAGGGCGUCCCGGAGGACAUGAGAGGAAAGGACAGGAUUGUCUUCGGAAACAUCCACCAGAUCUACGACUGGCACAAGGACUAUUUCCUGGGAGAGUUGGAAAAAUGUGUCAGUGAUCCAGACAGCCUGGCUCAGCUCUUUAUCAAACAUGAGCGGCGACUUCACAUGUACGUGGUUUACUGCCAAAACAAACCCAAGUCGGAACAUAUCGUCUCAGAGUACAUCGAGACCUACUUUGAGGAUCUACGGCAGCAGCUGGGUCACAGGCUGCAGCUCAAUGACCUCCUGAUCAAACCCGUCCAGAGGAUCAUGAAGUAUCAACUGCUGCUAAAGGACUUUCUGAAAUAUUAUAGCAAAGCAGGAAGGGAUGUUGAGAAGCUUCAGAAAGCGGUAGAGGUGACGUGUUUUGUGCCAAAACGCUGUAACGAUAUGAUGAAUGUGGGAAGGCUACAGGGUUUUGAGGGCAAGAUUACAGCUCAGGGGAAGCUGCUUCAGCAGGACACUUUCUCUGUCAGUGAGCAGGAAGGCAACCUCGUGUCCAGAGCGCGGGAGAGACGUGUCUUCCUGUUUGAGCUGCUGGUCAUCUUCAGUGAGCCGAUUGAGAAGAAAAAAGGUUUCCCUUUGCCAGGCUACACCUUCAAAAACAGCAUCAAGGUCAGCUGCUUGGGUGUAGAGGGGCCUCCUCAAGAGGAUCCGUGCUGUCUGGUCCUGACUUCCCGGGGGACAGACGGCAGUGUAACCCGCUUCAUCAUGCAUGCUUCGUCUCCAGAAAUACAGCAAGCUUGGUACAAUGAUGUGGUCCAGAUUCUGGAGACUCAGAGGAACUUCCUAAAUGCCCUCCAGUCGCCGAUAGAGUACCAGCGCAGGGAAAACACAACCAAUAGUUUAGGAAGGAGCAUGAAGUGUGCAGGUGUGCAACCAAGCGACUCCUCGUCACCAAUGGAUCGGCGUCACCAGCCCUGCCUGCUGUUUUACAACAACUCCCUGCCCUCUCUGCACUCACCACGACUCACCUCUACGUCGCAGGUCCCAAAUGCGGCUGCGGUGGCUCUUCGAGCGGCCCACCCUCCGUUUUCCUCCCAGCAGCAGCUCAGUUUGUCCACAGAGGUGAAACACGAUUGUGGCACCUUCAGCACCCUGUCGCCCUGCAGCCAUCACUGCUGUAAGCCUGUGGGUGCCGGUUUCCAGACGAUUGCGUUUUGUGAUGGAGCGUCCUACCCAGCGCAUCGUCCAAACAGCUUGGAUCAGCUAAAGGAGAGCGAGCAGCACUGACCAUCAUUAAGGCAUGAACUCAUUUCACCUGUCUGGAGCCUGACAGGAGAGACUCCCACACUGCUGCACACCGGAUGGCCAGAAAAACCGUACAAAAUAAUCCAUGUCGGAAUGUGUCUGAGUUUAUGUGCUUAUACCACAUAUCUGAAAUACAGUUGAUCAAAAUGGUAGCAAUGACUGAAAUUUUUUAAAUGUUUCAUUUCACCGCAGAUACGUCUUUCAUGUUCCUUGAUGUUGUACAUGUUUAAUCUUCUUCUCUCCUGUUUUUCACUGGGUAUUUUAAUGACUACAACGUUCAUCCCUCUGAACCAACAUAUAAAAUUCCCGAGUUGCAAUCACAGCUCUGUGACACAUAUCUGUAGCCUGCAGUUUAAGUCUCGGAUCAAAUCCAUAUGUGCAUUCCCCACAGAUUAGCAAAUAGCGUGUGUUUUCCGUUCAGUGGACUGUUUUUGCCCUCCCAUUGUGAGUGUUAUCUGGAAUAAGCACAUUUGGAAACUCUCACAGUGGUGUAAUCAAGCCGAAAGAGGAAAAAGGGAACAAAGAUUAUAAUGUGGUGAUCAUCUGUCAUUGUCACUUUAGUAAACGAUUGUGUGGAAUCAUAACAGUAUGUUACUGUAUGUUGUGUCUCGAUAAAAAAGGUAUAAAACAGAAA